AUGGAAGAUCAACUUCUAUUGUCAGACAAUACUGAUGAUGAUCAAGCACAAGGUGAUGGAUCAUCAUCUUCAAUUACGUCGGAUGAUGAAAAUUCUCAUACAUUAACAAGCUCAUUUACAUCUUUUUUAUCUAAUGAAGAUAUCGAUAAAUGCCUUUAUGUAACAAAUAUCAAUUGGCGACGAAGAUUUUCAAUUUGUUUAUCAAAUGGUCAAUUAGAUAAUUUAUCAUAUGAUCGACGUGAAAGAGUUUAUUCCGAUAGUUCAACUGAUAAUAUAAAUUUCAAUCGAACAAAUCCAUUAUAUCUUUCACGUUAUCGUAAUUCUUGUUGGUUUCGUUGUCGAACAUCAUCAUCAUCAUCAUCAUCGUCAUUUAAUGAAUAUAAUUCAUUAAAUUCUACAACAGCAUAUGCUCGUUUGAAACGUUUUACUGAACGAUUAAUUGAAUUAGAACGUAAAUCACGUCAAACUAUUUUUCAAAAUAAAUCUAAUGAAAAAAUUUUAACAAAAACGGAUAAUUCAAUUGAAAAAAUCGAUCGUUCGUUGAAACAAAACGACGAUCAAUUGUCUUCAAAUGUUAAUCAACAAUAUUUUGAAAAAAAAUCUUAUCGUUUAAGAAUAGAAAAACCAUUAAAUAUAAAUUCGAAAAUUAAAAUUCAUCGUAUAAAAAGUUAUCCACAAUUAAGAAAAAAAUCAUUAAAUUAUUUUCCAUUACGUAAAAUAAAAACAAUGUCAGCUAUUAAAUUAUUAACAAUGGAAUCUCAAUCUCAUUCAUCGUCUCUUUUACCAUUUCAAAUAACAAAUAAAAAUAUUGUUCAUGAAAGAUCAAUGCCUGCAGUUAAAGAAAAACAAAUUUCAUUUGAAGUUAAAACAAAUAGUUAUAAUAGAAAAGUUGAAGUUAAAACAAAACAAGAAGAAAAAAUAUGUACAACUAAACAACGUACAUGUCCUUUAUCACCACCUAUAGUUACUCGUAUUAUUAAAACUGAAACACCAAUUUCACCAUCUUGUAUUACUGUAAAUCAACAAAGACGAUCUUCAACUUCAAAUAGUUCUAUACAAAGUGUUCGUGUUAGUGUCAGUUCAUCACCUCAUAGAAAUGAAACGGAUAAAACAGUAAAAACACAUUUUUCUUUUCCAUCUUCUUCAAAAAUGAUUUCAAAUAAAGAAACUUCAAAUAAAGAAACUUCAUCAAAAGAUGAUUCUUAUUCAUCAAUAAUAUCAGAUUUUGUCUCAGAAAAUCUUGUUGAACCAUCAAAAUUAGAUGAAGAAGAAACGUUUGAUCGUCGACCUUUACUUGAUCUUAUUAGUGAAUUGAAUCGACGUCAUACAUUAAAUCAAUCAUCAACAAUUCCUCCUAUUGACAAUGAUCAAUCAAUUAAAACAAGAACAUUUUCACCCUCACCAACAGAUAUUCGACCACCAAAACCUUUAAGUCCUUUUAGACCAGUUAUUGUUCAUAGAAAAUAUCAAGAACCAAUUGGUCGUUUUGAAUUCGUCGAUGGUAGUGGAGAUUCAACUUCAUCAUUUGGUCGACGUAAUAGUCGAGUUUCAGUUAUACGUAGUCAUACAUUUAAUAAUGCAAAUAAAGUUAAUCCAAGUUCAAUGAAAAUAUCUUCGGAUGAAAUAAAAUCAAAUGAAAAUGUAACAUGUCAAUCAACACCUGAAUUAAGUUGUUCGAAUGAAAGAGAAAGAGAAAGAGAAAGAAAUCAGACUGUAGUCAAUAUGGAAGAAACUUGUGGAUUAUCAGCGAAUGGUUCUAUUCUAACUAGUACAUCACUCACAGGGUUGACUCCUACGUCUAGUGGAACGAACGACGACAAGAACGAGGCUAAACGAAAAGCUAUAGCUAUGCAAAUGUUCGAUACAGAAAAAUCUUAUGUUGAAGCACUUAAAAAUCUUGUUACGAAAUAUUAUUUACCAAUGAAAGAUAAAACAGUUAUUUCUAAUGAUCUUCUUAAUGAUAUUUUUUAUAAAAUACCUGAAAUUCAUAUUCAUCAUACGGCAUUUCUUAUUUCACUUUCACAAAAACUAUCUGAAUGGGAUAAUAAACAAACAGUUGGUGAUCUUCUAUUACAAAUGUUUACUCGAACAUCAGUUAUUGAAACUUAUACAAGUUUUGUUAAUAAUUAUAAAAUAGCCCAAAUUGCUAUUCGUCUUUGUCGUGAUUCAUCAUCAUUUAAUAAAUUUCUUGAACAUCAAGCACGUGAUCAUCGUGGUAAAUUAACAUUAAGAGAUUUGAUAAUUCAACCGGUGCAACGUAUUCCAAGAUAUGAAUUAUAUAUUAAAGAUUUUCUUAAAUGUACAAAUUCAAAUCAUCCUGAUUAUCAAUUAUUGCUUAAAGCACAAUCAGAAAUACAUUCAUUAGCUGAACAAAUUGAUAGAGUACAAAGAGAUGUUGGUUCAACUGAAUUAACUGUUUCAAAUAAUUCAUUAGACGCUGUUCAAGAUAUGAUUGAAAAUUUAAAUGAUUUAGUUAAUGCUGAUCGUUAUUAUAUUCGUCAUGAUGUUGUUACACUUCAAUCAUCAUCAGGAUUAAAAAAAGAUCGAUAUAUCUUUUUAUUCAAUGAUUUAGUUAUCAUAACUAGUUGUAAACGGAGAAGUGGAACUUUAACUAAAAAACCAACUACUUCAGUUAUUGUAAAUUCUCCAUCCGGAAAACAAUAUAUUGAUAAUGCAAAACAUAAAUUAAUUAUGAAAAUUUCAUUGGAAAGUAUCGAUUUAGCUGCAGAUCAUUUGAAGAAAAGAGGAACACCACCAUCAAUGAUAAAAUUUCAUUCAACAACAACAAGUACUAGUGGAGAUAAAUGUCGACAUUUAGAAGAUGAUGUUGUUACUCUUGGACAAAUGACCGAUUUAGCUAAAACGAUAACUGUGCCUCAUCAACAAUUAGAUGAGUCAAUAAAAGAAGUUCUUCAUACCGUUAAUAAACAUUUAACAGAUGAAAUAGUACCAAUGACGAGUGUUAGAACAGCAAGUCCUGAACCAAUUCCUUCUGAUCAUAAUCAACAAAAAUCAAAUAAUAUUCAAUUAAUAAUUCAUACAACAGAACGUACAGAAACAAUUGAUGUUUUAUUUUCGUCAUCUGAACUUAAAGCAGCAUGGGAAAAGAGUUUUCUUGAAGCAAAGAAAGCUCUUUUCGAAGUUGCUGCUGGACGACGAAAUAUAAGUUUUCAAAAUGUUCUUACUCUUCCUCAUAGUCGACCAGGAAGUCAAUUUUCCUGUGGUACUCCUCGUUUAUCAUUAGGUGACAUAUGUAUUUGUAAUUCAGAAGGUCAAGUAUGUUUAGUUAAUGUUCAAUCUGAUGUAACAUUAAAAGCAUGCAAUACAGUUAUAUCAUCACGUAUAAAUUGUGUUGCUUAUGUUCCAUCACAUAAAGGUCGAAGAACAGGAAGUAGUAUUAAACAUCAUCAUCAUCAACAAAAACAAGAAGAAGAUGAACAACAACAAAAUAAACAUGGAUUGGUUGUUAAACAAGAACCAAUAUUAGUAUCAAAUAAUUCCGAUGUACAAACAACAGUUGAUUCUUUACUUGAUAUUGAUUCAAGUGAUGAUGAAGAUACAUUAACUACGAUUAAUAAUGAAGAUAUAUUUUCCUUGAAUCAAUCAGAUCAAACAAUACUAUCACAACAAUGUAUUUUAUUAGAAAGUGAUAUUAAUAAUGAACAACAAGAUACAAGAGAAGCUACAAUGUGGUUAGGAACUGAUGAUGGAAUAAUAUUAAUAUUUCAAUGUACAGAAACAAUGAAAACAGUUGCACGUAAAAGUCGUAUUGUAAAACAACUUGGUUCUGCAAUUCAUUCCAUCUUAUAUACUGACAAUAAGGUAUUUGUUGCAUUAAGUCAUGGUGAAUUAGGUGUUUUUCGUCGAGAUAUGAGUGGCCGUUGGGAUUUAGAUUGUCCAACAAUUCGAUCAGUUGAGGAAAGUUCUAUUCUACAUGGUAGUGGACAUGGUGAAAUCGAUGAUGGAGAUAAUACGGAUCCAAUAUCUGUAAUGGCAUUAGCUGCUGGAAGAUUAUGGUGUGCUGUACGAGAUCGAAUCUAUGUUGUUUGUCCGAAUUCAUUAAAUGUUGAACAUUCAUUUCUUGUCGAUGAUUGUCAUCGUCAUGUAUGUAGUAUAGCUACAGGUGUUUCAUCAAUGCAUCAUGUAUGGAUUGCAUCACAAGGUUCACAUGAAAUUCGUCUUUAUCAUGCAACACAUUUUGUUUGUUUACUUGAAAUAAGUAUAAGAACAGCAGUUACACUAAAACUUCAAGCAUGUGAUGAUAUAAUUCGGGCUCAUAAAUUAGGUUGUUUACGUGUAAGUUCACUUCAUGUUUGUAAAGAAACACUGUGGGUUGGAACAAGUGCUGGUGUUUUAAUAAAUAUAACAGUACCACAAUUAAUUGAUUCAGGAAGUAAUAAAUUAACAGCAAGUUCACUUCAAUUAAAAGGUUUGUCAUUUGGUCAUGCUGGACCUGUUAGAUUUAUAAUAUCAACUGAUACAAAUGUUAUUUCAACAUCAGAAGAAGCAACAACUGUUAAAACACUUAUACUUAGUAUUGGAGAUGGUUUUGAAGAUUAUACGAAUAAUGAUGAAACAUUGGGUAAAGAUGAUGCUCUUUCUCAUGUGAUAGUUUGGCAACUAUGA